GAUGGGCUGGUAAUCUAUUUGCCCCUACAUGUACCUGGUACAUCCACGCAAUGCAACGGACAGGGAGUCCUGGCUUACUGACGGUAUCGCCGAAUGAGCCGUCCAGGAGAUGAGCUAGUGGCGGCACCCCCAUAAUCCCGGUAUACAGAAAGUAGGGUUAUCUACAUUAUAGUCUGGUGCCACCACAGAUACAUGACAGCUCCUCCUGGUCGACCUGCACCAAAAACCUUACUGGAUAGACCGGUCAAUGAAAGCCCAAAGCUGACAGCUGGUCGCAUCACUGGCAAUGCGGGAGUGACGCCAGGGCUUGCACCAUGCUGUAAGUCGCCGAUCCUUAGGACCCAAAGGCUGUAGACGGUGCUAAUGGCGUGACUUGCAUGUGGUCAAAUGGGCGAAAAGAUUGAAGUGUCUACUUUAGCACCCGGCUGGGGGGAAAUUGACCAACGGCGGGGGAGG